AUGCUCUUGGUCACAGAGAUGAAAACUAUGAUGGCGAUGAGGAUGGUCCUAGGCGCUUUGCUUGCCCUGGCCUCAUGCAUCGGAUGUUCUGCUGUCGGCGGCACCAUCAUCAACAACUCCACUGCAAAACAAAAUGUUAUUAUAUCCACUUUGCUGCCCUAUGACCCGCAAUGGCUUUUUGCUAUGCCACGUGUAAGAGAGGCUCUCAAUUUAGCUGUGGAGGAAGUGACGUCAUCACCAAACGCCAUUCUGAGGUGCUGCAACCUAAUACUGGAUUACCGUGACUCGCAAUGCCGCAUCGAUGAUGGCAUGAACGAGGCCAUCAACGCCUUCGUCACCAACACGGUCCACGUCUUCUUCGGACCCUGCUGCGACUACAGCGCCGCGCCUGUGGGUCGCCAGGUCAAGUUCUGGAAGAUUCCUUUGAUCACCGCCGGGGCCCUGUCCAGUGACUUCGCCAAGAAGGACAUGUACGCCCUCGUGACGCGGAUAGGUCCGAACUUCAACUCGCUGCUGCACUUCAUCUUCAGCAUGUUCAACGAGUUCGCGUGGCGCCGCGUCACGCUCAUGUACGACCCCGACGGUCAGGAGUACAUUGUAGAGAAGUUCUGUCACAUCGCAGCCAACGCCAUCCACUCUGGACUCAGAUAA